CAGAAACUCCACAUAUGUAUUAUAUGUAUUGUUGUUAUUAUUUAUAUUUGUCAUCAGUAUAUAAAGUAUUAUUUGAAGACGUAGAGAGGAAGAGGAGGAUGGGAUUCGCUGAGCUGCUGGAGGAGGCUGGGGGCUUUGGCAGAUAUCAAUGGCUCCAUGUGACUCUCAUCAGUUUGCCUGGUCUGAUGAUGGCCAGUCAGAACCUGCUGAACAACUUCGUCUCAGGAAGUCCCGCCCACCACUGCAGCCUACCGACCAAUCACAGCAGCCGAUACAACCUGUCCCACUACCAGGUAGAUGAGAAGCAGCUUCUGAAGGCCUUCAUCCCGAUGGACUCUUCAGGAAGUAGACUGGACCGCUGCAGGAGGUUUGUGGAGCCUCAGUGGCAGCUGUUAGCGGCUAACAGCUCAGCUAACGUUAGCCAGAUCCCAACCGAGGGAUGUUUGGACGGAUGGGCCUACGACCGCUCAGAGUUUCUCUCCACCACCGUGUCCGAGUGGGACCUGGUCUGUGGUCUCCGGCCUCUCAAACAGAUGAUCCAGACCAUCUAUAUGGGGGGCGUUCUGACAGGAGCCAUUGUGUACGGAGGGGCUGGUCAGACAGAUUGUGUCCUCAGGUAUGGGAGGCGGUCUGUGCUGAUCUGGUCCUACCUGCAGCUGGGGGUCCUGGGGUGCAGCUCGGCUUUCCUUCCCUCGUACUCCACCUACUGCGCCUUCAGGUUCCUGAGCGGCAUGGCUGUCUCUGGAGUCAUUCUGAACGGAUUCUCUCUGAGUACUGUGGAGUGGAUCCCCACCAAACAGAGGACUCUGGUUGGAACUCUCACUUCCUUCUUCUUCACGUUUGGUCAGAUGAUCCUGGCGGGGCUUGCCUAUUGGCUGAGAGACUGGAGGAAACUUCAGCUGGUGGUGUGUCUGCCCCAGUUCCUGUUCUUCUCCUACUCCUGUACCCUCAGUACCAACAUGCAGACGGUUCGCACCACGCUGGCCUGUCUGGGUAAAUGCUUCACCUCGGCCUCCUUCACCACCGUGUACCUGUACACAGGUGAGCUGUACCCCACCGUGCUCAGCGCUCUGACCAAUCACACGGAUCCUGAGCCCCCCAACGCUCUGACCAAUCACACGGACCCUGACCCCCCCAAACGCUCUCUGACCAAUCACACGGAUCCUGACCCCCCACAACUCUCUGACUAA